AAGACCAGGUGCAAGGACAAGAUGUGUUACAAAGACACAGCUGAGUGUAAAACCAACGUACGUGUCGCAUAGUCAGUCCUCUUUAUUUGUGUUUUGGGUACUCCACACACAUCAAUUACAUCUCUCUAGAUUUUAUCAAAGCCCUCUUUUGGGGUUCAACUGGGCUUUACUUGAUGUCUGUUAAAUUCGGUGAUAUCGAUCUCAACUCAGAUUUGUUGCCCAUUGAAGAAAAUAAGGAUUUUGAUGAGAAUAGAACGGCUAGGAUGGUGAAUUCAUUGGCUGAUGAUACCCUAAUCAAUCAAUCUAGUAAUCAGAUUAGAGUUGAUGGGGCUAGGGUUUGUGGGGUUGAGGAAAUUAGGGUUUCUGGGUCUGGGAAGGCGGUGGACUCGGAGGUGGGGGGUGUGCUGAAAAGUGGUGGUACUGAAACUAGUGAUGGUGGGGAACAAUUGAAUGGGAUGGUCUCGGAGGAUUUGAAUGGAGUAGCUGGGGAAGGAGGAACUGAGGUUAGAACUGAUUUGGGUGUGAAGAAUAACGGUGUAGCUGCGGUUCAUAGCAGUGUAGAUAUGGAAGAUGCUUCUUUCCAAGGGGGGAACAAUGUGCUGAGUCUUGUUGUGAAUCUAUGCACGGAUGAUGCUGCAUUUGGGGAAACAAAAUUUAAUAGUAUGGAAGGGGAGAGAGUAAAUGAGAUGAAUAAUCUCUCGGAGAAUCCAAGUAUUGUUUUGGACGGCUUAGUAAACAAUGCCGCCACUCAGUUAAACAGUAUUGAGAUUGAAAACCCGGGCGUAACAUCUGAAGAGAAAGAGGCAUGCAUUAAAGAGGUAGCAAAUAGUAACAAAGGAUGCCAAAAAAAUGAUGUAAUCAAGGAGGACUUGCACAUAGAAAAGGAAGGUGAUUAUCAUGUGUCUGAUCUUGUUUGGGGCAAGGUUACGAGUCAUCCAUGGUGGCCUGGCCAGAUAUAUGAUCCUUCAUGUGCAUCAAAGAAGGCAUUGAAGUACAAAAAGAAAGACUCCUUCCUGAUAGCUUAUUUUGGGGACCAAAGUUUUGCCUGGAAUGAUGCUUCACGUAUCAAGCCAUUUCGGAUGUAUUUCUCUCAGUUGGAGAAACAAAGUAAUAUGGAAUCGUAUACUCAUGCUGUGAGUUGUGCUUUGGAAGAAGUUUCAAGGAGAGUGGAGUAUGAACUUACGUGUUCUUGCUUACCAAAAGAAUUGGUUUCUAAAAUUGAAUCGCAAGAAGUUGUCAACGCUGGCAUUCGAAAAAAGAAAGGUGUCACUGUCGGUGGAGACAUCUUUUCAACAGCUGCUUCUUUUGCACCUGACGGACUUGUUCAAUAUUUGAAAGAAAUAGCUGCAACUCCUUUAGAUACAAUUAAUAGUUUGGAAUUUGUUACUGCAAGAGCUCAGUUGUUGGCGUUUCACCGGUGGAAAGGCAAAGGCCAUGCUCAACGACCUUCUUUCACAAUGCUUGGUGGUUUGUUUGAGAGUGAUGAUUUCCUUAUAUCUGAGAAAGAAAGAGAUCUUAGUAAAUUGACUGAUUAUGCACUUGCAGCUACAAACGUUGAUGGGGAAGGGAAAUCUGUUGUGGAAGAUAGUUCUUUUAGUAAGCAAAAACACAUCACUAGGGAUGGUUUACGUCCCAGGAAAAAGAAGUGCAUGGUAGACUUGAUGCCUGAGGACUACCUAGAUGACGAGGAUGAUGUGGAAGAGGAAGUUGUCGAGAAAUACAUAUACCCAGCUGGUAAGGAAAGCCUUAUGGUUGAAUCUACUAGGCCUACAAUCUCAAGAGGGAAUAGUGGGAAGAUUCACGUGUCACCUGCUGAAAAGCUUUUUGAAGUUGGAGAUCGCAUACGCAAGGUUGCAAGCCAACUUUCAGGGUCUGUAUCAUUUCUCAGAUCUGGUGAAAGCACAUCUCAGCAUGUGAAAAUAGAGGGACUAAAUCAUUGCAGGUCUUCUGGUGUUUCAUUUUCCGGUCUUGAGAAGGUUCCAAAAGCUGACAUGGGAAAUGAAUAUCCUGUAGCUGAGAUGUUGUUUCAUCUAUCCUUAGUCGCGGGGAGUCCAAUGGAAGUUGGCAGCAACAAACUAAUUUCAGUGAUUAGGUUUUUCACUGAUUUCAGAAAUUCAGUUUGCUUGGAUCCAGAAAACAGUCAAUUGUUAACAAGUGAGUUGUCGACUAACUGUAACCCAAAGAAUUCCAUUGAUGGGUUCAAUGGAGUUGAAGCAUCAUACCAAACAAACAUGAUCAGUCAGAAAAUUUCUAGGGAGCAUAUAUUAAAUGAAGUUGAGACCGAAAAGGAAAUGACUAAUGUUGAAGAAGCAGCGGGACAAUCUAACGUGAAUCCAAGUGAUGCUAAUGAGGAGCCUGAAAAGGAUAGUCCUACUGCAUUUAUACUCAACUUCAGUGAUUUGGAAUCUAUUCCUUCAGAAGAAAACUUGAACAAGAUAUUUAGCAGACAUGGUCCCUUGAUUGAAUCGGAUACUGAAAUUUUGAAGAAAAGCAACCGUGCAAAAGUGGUCUUCAAGAGGCGUGAUGAUGCUGAAAGUGCCUUCAGCAGUCCGGGGAAGUUCAGCAUUUUUGGUGCAUCCCUUAUUAGAUAUCAGUUAAACUAUUCACCUUCACCGCGUAAACCUUCAAAUUUGGGGAGGAAGCGGAAGAGAAAAGAUGUGACAUCUGAUAAUGAUAAAGGGAAGGGGCAUCAGGUGAUGAUCGAGUCCCAGUGAUUUGCAUAGAUCAUCUUUAAUUUGUUUUCUUGGUAAUUAGGUUGAAUCCUUUGUCGUGACAUCUUUGUAGAAAUGUUAAUUACUUUGAAAUUGUAGGAUUUAUUUCUUUGUUUGGA